UCCUGAAGAAUUAUGGAGAGAAUCCAGAAGCCUACAAUGAGGAACUGAAGAAGCUGGAAUUGCUCAGACAGAAUGCUGUUCGUGUCCCAAGGGACUUUGAGGGCUGCAGUGUCCUGCGCAAGUACCUUGGCCAGCUCCACUACCUGCAGAGUCGGGUGCCCAUGGGCUCUGGCCAGGAGGCUGCUGUCCCUGUCACCUGGACCGAGAUCUUCUCAGGCAAGUCUGUGGCCCAUGAGGACAUCAAGUACGAGCAGGCCUGUAUUCUCUACAAUCUUGGUGCUCUGCACUCCAUGCUGGGGGCUAUGGACAAGCGGGUGUCCGAGGAGGGCAUGAAGGUUUCCUGCACCCACUUCCAGUGCGCAGCAGGCGCCUUUGCCUACCUGCGGGAGCACUUCCCACAGGCCUACAGUGUCGACAUGAGCCGCCAGAUUCUCACUCUCAACGUCAACCUCAUGCUGGGCCAGGCCCAGGAAUGCCUGCUGGAGAAGUCGAUGUUGGACAACAGGAAGAGCUUUCUAGUGGCCCGCAUCAGUGCACAGGUAGGGACAGGGAUGAGGGGCAAGCCUUUGCUUUGCUUGAUUCCCACCAACUGGCCCUGUCCCCACGUGCAGGUGGUAGAUUACUAUAAGGAGGCCUGCCGGGCCUUGGAAAAUCCUGACACUGCCUCACUGCUGGGCCGGAUCCAGAAAGACUGGAAGAAGCUGGUGCAGAUGAAGAUCCACUACUUCGCAGCUGUGGCUCAUCUGCACAUGGGGAAGCAGGCUGAGGAGCAGCAGAAAUUCGGGGAGCAGGUGGCCUAUUUGCAGAGUGCCCUGGACAAGCUUAAUGAAGCCAUCAAGUUGGCCAAGGGCCAGCCUGACACUGUGCAAGAUGCACUUCGCUUCGCUAUGGACGUUAUUGGGGGAAAGUACAAUUCUGCCAAGAAGGACAAUGACUUCAUCUACCAUGAGGCUGUCCCAGCCCUGGACACUCUUCAGCCUGUAAAAGGAGCCCCCUUGGUGAAGCCCUUGCCAGUGAACCCCACAGACCCAGCCGUUACGGGUCCUGAUAUCUUUGCCAAAUUGGUACCCAUGGCUGCCCAUGAAGCCUCAUCACUAUAUAGCGAGGAGAAGGCCAAGCUGCUUCGGGAAAUGAUGGCCAAGAUUGAGGACAAGAAUGAGGUCCUGGACCAGUUCAUGGAUUCAAUGCAGCUGGAUCCUGAGACAGUGGACAACCUGGAUGCAUACAGCCACAUCCCGCCCCAGCUCAUGGAGAAGUGUGCAGCGCUCAGUGUCCGGCCCGAUACUGUCAGGAACCUCGUCCAGUCCAUGCAAGUGCUGUCGGGUGUGUUCACGGAUGUGGAAGCCUCUCUGAAGGACAUCCGGGACCUGCUAGAAGAAGAUGAGCUGCAAGAGCAGAAGUUGCAGGAGGCAUUAGGCCAGGCUGGGGCUGGCCCAGCUGUGGCCAAGGCUGAACUGGCAGAGGUGAGGCGAGAGUGGGCCAAGUAUAUGGAAGUGCAUGAAAAGGCCUCCUUCACCAACAGUGAGCUGCAUCGUGCCAUGAAUGUGCAUGUCGGCAACCUGCGCCUGCUCAGUGGGCCACUGGACCAAGUGCGGGCUGCCCUGCCCACACCCACCCUUACCCCAGAGGAUAAGGCUGUGCUACAGAACCUGAAGCGCAUCCUGGCCAAGGUGCAGGAGAUGCGAGACCAGCGUGUGUCCCUUGAGCAGCAGCUGCGAGAGCUGAUCCAGAAGGAUGACAUCACUGCCUCCCUGGUUACCACUGACCACUCGGAGAUGAAGAAGCUGUUUGAGGAGCAGCUGAAGAAGUAUGGCCAGCUGAAGGUAUAUCUGGAACAGAACUUGGCUGCCCAGGACAACGUCCUCCGUGCGCUGACAGAGGCCAAUGUGCAGUAUGCAGCUGUCCGAAGGGUGCUCAGUGAACUGGACCAAAAGUGGAACUCCACACUACAGACCCUGGUGGCCUCAUAUGAAGCCUAUGAGGAUCUGAUGAAGAAGUCCCAGGAGGGCAAGGACUUCUAUGCAGACCUGGAGAGCAAGGUGGCUGCCCUGCUAGAACGAGCACAGUCUACCUGCCGGGCCCGAGAGGCAACCCGCCAGCAGCUCCUGGACAGGGAGCUGAAGAAGAAGCCCCCACCACGGCCCACGGCCCCCAAACCACUGCUGCCCCGUAGGGAGGAGGGUGAGACUGUGGAGACAGUAGACCCACCCGAGGAGCUGCGCAGCCUGCCUCCUGACAUGGUGGCUGGCCCACGGCUGCCUGACCCUUUCUUGGGAACUGCUACCCCACUGCACUUUCCUCCUGGCCCUUUCCUCAGCUCCACAGGCCCAGCACCCCACUACCUCUCAGGACCAGUACCCCCCGGCACCUACUCAGGCCCCACCCAGCUGAUGCAGUCCAGGGCUUCAGGCCCCCCUGCAGUGCCCAUGGCACCUGGGCCUGCCCUGUAUCCAGCACCUACCUACACACCAGAGCUGGGCCUCGUGCCCCGAUCUUCCCCCCAGCAUGGGGUGGUGAGCAGUCCUUAUGGAGGGGUAGGGCCACCUCCACCAGUUGCAGGUUUGCCCUCAGCCCCACCUCCCCAGUUCUCAGGCCCUGAGUUGGCCAUGGCAAUUCGGCCAGCAACCACCACGGUAGACAGUGUCCAGGCCCCCAUCUCCAGCCACACAGCACCUCUGCCAAACCCCACCCCUGUGCCGCCUCAGCCCUGCUUUCCCAUGCCCCAGCCACAGCCCCUGCGCACACCCUAUACAUACUCUUUAGGAACCAAGCAGCCCCUCACAGCUCCCUCAGCACAGCACCACUUUUCUCCUGGGAUCCCCACAGGCUUUCCAGCCCCCCGGAUUGGCCCCCAACCCCAGCCUCAUCCUUCACGGGUGGCAUUUGGGCCUCAUCCCCCCCAGCAGCCUCUGACAUUCCAGCAUCCACAUCUGUUUUCACCCCAGGCCCCAGGAAUCCUACCACCACAGCCCCCUUAUUCUUUUCCCCCUCAGGCUGGUGUCCUAGGGCAGCCGCCACCGCCCCUGCACACCCAACUCUACCCUGGCCCUUCUCAAGACCCUCUGCCCUCCCACUCAGGGGCUCUGCCUUUCCCCAGCCCUGGACCCCCUCAGCCUCCACAUCCCACCCUAGCAUAUGCCCCUGCCCCUUCUCCCAGGCCGUUGGGCUCCCAGGCAGCCUCUCUUUCUAUUCGUGGGCCCCCACCUGCUGGCCCACCCACCCCUAGUCCCCACUUGGUGCCUUCGCCUGCUCCCUCACCAGGGCCUGGCCCAGUGCCCUCUCGGCCCCCAGCAGCCGAGCCACCACCAUGCUUGCGCCGAGGCACUUCGGCUGCAGAUCUGCUAUCUUCUAGUCCCGAGAGCCAGCAUGGUGGUGCUCAGCCUCCUGGAGGUGGGCAGCCCCUGCUGCAGCCUACCAAGGUGGAUGCAGCUGAGGGCCGGCGGCCUCAGGCCCUACGGCUGAUUGAGCGGGACCCCUAUGAGUGUCCUGAGAGGUUGCGGCAGUUGCAGCAGGAGCUGGAGACCUUUCGAGGCCAACUGGGUGACAUGGGGGCACUGGACACUGUCUGGCGGGAGCUGCAAGAGGCUCAGGAACACGACGCCCGAGGCCGUUCCAUUGCCAUUGCCCGCUGCUACUCGCUGAAGAAUCGACACCAGGAUGUCAUGCCCUAUGACAGUAAUCGUGUGGUGCUUCGCUCGGGCAAGGAUGACUACAUCAAUGCUAGCUGUGUGGAGGGGCUCUCGCCAUACUGCCCGCCCUUAGUGGCCACCCAGGCCCCACUUCCUGGCACAGCUGCUGACUUCUGGCUCAUGGUGCAUGAGCAGAAAGUGUCAGUUAUUGUCAUGCUGGUGUCUGAAGCUGAGAUGGAGAAGCAAAAGGUGGCACGCUACUUCCCCACAGAGAGGGGCCAGCCCAUGGUGCAUGGGGUCCUGAGCCUGGCGUUGAGCAGCGUCCGCACCACAGAAACCCACGUGGAACGUGUGCUAAGCCUGCAGUUCCGUGACCAGAGCCUUAAGCGCUCCCUCGUGCACCUCCACUUCCCCACGUGGCCUGAGUUAGGCCUGCCCGACAGCCCUGGGAACCUGCUGCGCUUUAUCCAGGAGGUGCACGCGCAUUACCUGCACCAGCGGCCCCUGCACACGCCAGUUGUUGUGCACUGCAGCUCCGGUGUUGGGCGCACGGGAGCCUUUGCACUGCUUUACGCAGCUGUGCAGGAGGUGGAGGCCGGGAAUGGGAUUCCUGAGCUGCCUCAGCUGGUGCGGCGCAUGCGACAACAGAGGAAGCACAUGUUACAGGAGAAGCUGCAUCUCAGGUUCUGCCAUGAGGCCCUGGUGAGGCAUGUGGAACAGGUCCUGCAGCGCCAUGGUGUGCCCCCUCCAUGCAAACCCUUGGCUGGCGUGAACAGCAGCCAGAAGAAUCCCCUUCCUCAGGAUUCCCAGGACCUGGUCCUCGGCGGGGAUGUACCCAUCAGUUCCAUCCAGGCUACUAUUGCCAAGCUCAGCAUCCGGUCUCCUGGGGGCUUGGAUUCUCCAGCUGUCAACCUACCAGGCCCUACAGAGUCACCCCCAGGUCUCCCACCAGCCAAUCUUCCAGAGCCCCCCCCAGUCCCAGCCUCCUCCCCACCCCCCCUCUCUUCACCUCAGCCUGAGGCCCCCCAGUCUGAGGAGGAGCAGCCCGUGCCUGAAGCGCCCAGCUUGGGGCCUGGGCCCCCCUCCUCAUCCCUGGAGCUGCUGGCUUCCUUGACCCCAGAAGCCUUUUCCCUGGACAGCUCCUUGCGGGGAAAGCAGCGAAUGAGCAAGCAGAACUUUCUGCAGGCCCACAACGGGCAAGGUCUGAGGGCUGCCCAGCCUACUGAUGACCCCCUCAGCCUUCUGGAUCCACUUUGGACACUCAACAAAACCUGAACAGGCCCUGCCUGCCUGGUCCUUACACUACGUUGUCUCUCAUGCCCCACCAGCCUCUCUGGGUGGGCACAGCCUCUUAUUUCUAUUCCUGCUGCCUUUUGCCCCACCUGGCCCAGUGUGCACCUCUGUGGGAUGGAGAUGCGCCUUGAGCCAGGUUCUGCUCCUUUGUGGGACC